AUGGCAUCAGAACACAAGGAUUGUGAUGGAAGAAUUCGAUGUCCUUGUGUAAGAUGUAUAAAUAGUAGGUUUGAAAAAAUAGAUAGGGUUAGAGCACAUGUAUUUGAUCGAGGUUUCAUGCAAGGAUAUGAGAAGUGGAUCUAUCACGGCGAGCCUGAGGAUGUUGUCGAUGAUGUAGCAGUUGUUGAUGUUGAAUCAGAGGAUGAAAUGAUUCCUAUUCUAGAAGACUUCUUUCCCUCGACAACAGAGGAUGUACAAGGAGAAGAUGAACAACCAACCACAAACCCUCAUUUUGAUGAUUUAUUCGAGGAAAUUGAAGCUGAAUUGUAUCCCGGUUGUGAUUGGAUUUCGUCUCUCAACUUUUUAGCAAAGUUAUUGCAUUUAAAAGUUAGAGGAAAAAUUCCUAAUAACAUCUUUGAAGAAUUAUUGAAGCUUUUAAAGUUUGCAUUUCCGAAGGAAAAUAAUAUUCCAGCAACUUACUACGAGGCAAAAAAGAGAUUAAAGAAAUUAGGCUUGGGUUAUGAGUCUAUCCAUGUCUGUUUGUAUAAUUGUUGCCUAUUUUAUAAGGAGAAUGCAUCGAAGGAGGCUUGUCCAGUGUGCGAAACUAGUCGUUGGGUUACUUCCGAGAACGGCAAAGCAACAAAAGUUCCUUGCAAAGUCAUGCGAUACUUUCCGUUGACACCUCGACUUAAAAGAUUAUAUAGUUCGAGGAUUACAGCGAAGAGCGUGAUAUGGCAUCAUACUGGAAAAUCAAAAGAUGAUGGGGUGUUGCGACACCCGGUCGAUGGUUUAGCUUGGAAAGACUUUGAUGCAAAACAUCCCGAGUUUGCAAGGGACCCAAGAAAUGUUCGACUUGGGUUAGCUGCUGAUGGAUUUAAUCCAUUUGGCAACAUGAGUCUUGCAUACAGCAUGUGGCCAGUGGUGUUGGCUAACUAUAAUCUACCACCUUGGUUAUGUAUGAAAGAUAAUUAUUUUUUGUUAUCUACCCUAAUUCCUGGUGCAAAAUCUCCAGGUAAAGACAUGGAUAUAUUUUUAAGACCUUUGGUGGAUGAAUUAAAGGAGUUGUGGAAUAAUGGGGUACCAACGAGUGAUAGUUCGACCAACUCGAUGUUCACCAUGCGUGCUGCGCUUUUGUGGACAGUGAAUGAUUUUCCUGCUCGUAGUAGCUUGUCUGGGUGGAGUGGUCAAGGUUAUAAAGCUUGCCCUACUUGUAAUGAAGACACGACGUCCAUUCGAGUGAUCGGGAAGACAUCAUAUGUUGGUCAUCGAAGGUUCUUGCCAAGUAACCAUGCAAUGAGAAGGGAUACUCGAUUUGAUGGUAAAGUUGAAAGAAGACCUCCUCCAAGACGAUUUACUUGUGAAGAAAUAUUAUCACAAGUUAAUGCUCUCGAACCCCAAAUUCCCGGACAUCAUGAAAUUUUUGGGGGCGUGAAACGUAGAAGAGUUGCAGAAAAUUGUAAUUGGAGGAAAAAAAGUAUUUUCUACGAGUUGGAGUAUUGGAGCACGAAUAUUUUAAAACACAAUAUUGAUGUCAUGCAUGUUGAGAAGAAUGUGUGUGAUAGUCUCCUAGGAACCAUCUUGGAUAAUGAUAAAUCAAAGGACACAACCAAUGCGCGACAUGAUUUAAAGAAGAUGGGUAUUAGGGAAUCGUUUUGGAUUUAUGAAGAUGGGAAUGGGAGGCUAAUGAAACCGCAUGCUCCUUAUGUUUUGACUCGUUAG